AUGUUGCAGUUCUUUGAGGGCCAUGCUGCCAUCAUCGCAGCAGCAGAGGAUCUUUGUACCUCUGGCGUGAGGUACAACCACAAGACACUGGAGUUCCUUGUGGAGCAGAUGACUGCGGCAAGAAGGCUGAUGGAGGAGGUGACACAGACGCCUGUGGAUGAGCAAGACCUGUGCUGGUGGGAAGACUUGAAGGAGGCCCUGAGAAGGGCGAAGCACCUGGUGCAAGAGCACACCAGUGUGUUUGACAUUCGGCAUUUCUACAAAGUGGGAAGCGUGGUGAAUGAGGUCAGAAUUUUGUGCCAUGACUUUGCUGCCCUCCUGGAUGCUGUGGGUCUAGAGGCAGCGUUCAACGACAUCAAGGCCAGCAUUGACCCCAACAGCAUUGCUAUUGACAAGGCAUACCUAGAGUGGUACCUUUGUGCCAUCAUUGAUGGAGGAGUCAGGGAACAGCAGGAAGUGCCAAAAGAGCUGCAGGAAUUGCAAGAGGACAACAAGCAGAGGAUGCAGCGGAUGCAUUUGAUCGAAGAGACAGAAAUCACUUGGGGAUGCUCUCUUGAUAAAGGCGGAUGUUCGCAAGUUUUUGCAUGUCGUUGGGCUGGCAAGGAUGUGGCGGUGAAGAAGCUAGCAGCUCGUGCAGACAACAUUCCCCAGGAUGCAGUGGCAGAAUUCCUGGCCGAGGCAGAAAUCGGCAUGAACAUGAGACACCAAAAUGUGGUGGUGUGCUAUGCAGCAACAAGAUCCUUGUGCCUUGUCAUGGAGCUGGCCAACAGCAACCUGCAGAGAUUGUGCCUUCAAACCAGAAAUCUCAGUUGGGCAUGCAAAGCUGAUCUCCUGCUGCAGGCCUCCGAGGGCCUCAGGCAUGUGCACAGCAUGGGCAUCGUUCACAGGGAUGUGAAGUCUCUGAACUUCUUGGUGUUUGGCACCAGCUCAGACAAUUAUGUGGUGAAGGUGGCAGACUUUGGUCUUGCAAUUGUCAAGUCUGGGGCAACCAAAAGUCUGACUGGCCUUCCAAUGCAGGGUACGGAACUGUGGAUGGCGCCAGAGAUCCUUGAGGGUAAACCACACACCAUGAAAUCGGAUGUGUUCAGCUUGGGCAUUGUGAUGUUUGAGGUUGCCUCACAGAGCUUGCCGUAUGCCAGGCUGAAUCAGAUCCAAGUCAGGGGGAAGAAAUGCAAGUGGAGGGACCCUUGUGUUGGGUUGGACGAGUGCCCAGAGCCAUUGAUGAAAUUGAUGAGGGCCUGCACCAAUCCGUAUGCUGAUAGACGACCCUCCAUGAAGGCAGUGUGCUCAUGUCUGAUACAGAUUGUGCAUGGGGCCCCAAGCACGUCUGAGAGACGUGAAGCUCGACCGAGAUCAGAUGACGCAGAGAAGGUCGCCUUGAUACAGGUCAAUACAGACCUCCAGGAAAGAUUGAAGGAGCUUACAACACAGUCAAAGAAGCUUCAAAAGGAAAACCAGCAGGCCAAUGAAUCUGUUUCCCACCUCCAAGCAAGAGUAAGGGAAAUCACUGCACAGAUGGAGAAACUUCAAAGAGAGAGCCAGGAGACUGUGUCACACCUCCAAGGAAAGUUGAGGGACACUGCAGCAUACUCAGAGAGGGUUCGAAGCGAAAGCCAGAAGACCGUGUCAGUCCUCAGAGAAAGAGUGAAGGGGCUGACAGAGGCGUCAGAGCGCCUGAAGGCGGAAAAUCAGGAGCUCAGGGAGCAGUUACGAGGAUCGAAGCAAUUUCAAAGUGCUGAAUGGGGUGGUGGCACUGAUGGCAAGGUUGUAGCUGCGGCGGAGGCACGCGAGGCCAAUAAGGAGGAGAGAGGGACCACAGAGAAGUCCGAGGAAGCCAAGGAGGAAGCUGAGGCCCCCGCAAAAAAGGAGGGCUUCUGGAAGAGGACCCGGCGAAAUGUGCCGGAACCCGAGCAUCGUGGCGCUCAGAAAAGCAAGAGGCAGCUGGUUGUGGAAGCACUCGCGUCAAUGGUCGUGCCACAUCUGCGUUGGUACAGUGGGCGAGUACCACAGGACGGACCAUGGGGCGGAAGUCGUCUGUCGAAGGUGCAACGAGCCCUCUGA